GUCACUAGACCGAACAUGGCGAAUGUUGUGCUCGAGUUCAAGGCUUCUGUCGGUGACUUAGAGCCCCAAAAUUGCCCAGUGCUCAUCAUUGGGCAGCUCGGAUACUUGCAACAGAUAAACUGGACUCAAGUUAAAGGGAAACUGCUGCCGGUUGUGACCAAAGAGAUAUGGCAGUCAGCUUUGAGCAGUCUCAAUCCCAACCCUACAGACAGUUGCCCACUGUAUCUGAGUUAUGCAAGCGUGGCAGCACUGCCCUCUCGCAUAAGCCGUCACAACAGUCCAUCCUCUGCUCACUUUCUUACUCGGUUGGUUCGCACCUGCCUUCCUGCUGGGAACAAUCGCUGCAUUUUGAUGCUGUGUGAACUGCCUGAUGUGUUUGCGUCAGCAUGUGCCAUUGCCCGUGCUUUCCCACUCUUUACUCGCCGCUCUACCUCAUGCACGAUAGAGAAGAAGUGUGUCACUGUGGAGUUUGUCAUUGUUGGCCAGGACACUACCUAUUUGGAUCCUUCCAUGUUGGAGUCUCUUAACAAUGUGGCUGAUGGUGUUCGUCUGGCAGCACGAAUUGUGGACACUCCUUGCAGCGAGAUGAAUACUGACCAUUUUCUUGAGGAGAUCAAAGCAGUGGGAAAUGAACUGGGCAUCACACCAACUAUAAUUCGAGGCAAAGAAUUAAAACAAAGAGGCUUUGGAGGUAUUUAUGGUGUAGGUAAAGCAGCUGAACAUCCACCUGCUCUGGCUGUGCUUAGUCACAAGCCCUCAGGUGCCACUCAGACCAUUGCAUGGAUUGGCAAGGGCAUUGUAUAUGACACAGGUGGCCUUAGCAUUAAGAGCAAAAACACAAUGCCAGGCAUGAAGAGAGAUUGUGGUGGAGCAGCUGCUAUUUUGGGAGCUUUUAAAGCUGCUGUCAAGCAGGGGUUUAAGGAUAACUUGCAUGCAGUGUUCUGCCUGGCUGAGAACGCAGUGGGGCCAACAGCCACCCGGCCAGAUGAUAUCCACACACUCUACUCUGGAAAGACAGUGGAAAUAAAUAAUACUGAUGCAGAAGGAAGGUUGGUGCUGUCUGAUGGUGUUGUGUAUGCCAGUAAGGAUCUUUCUGCAGAUAUUAUCCUGGAUAUGGCAACUCUGACUGGAGGUCAGGGAAUCUCCACUGGAAAAUACCAUGCUGCUAUUAUGACCAACAGUGAGCAGUGGGAGACGGCAUGUGUGAAAGCAGGCCGCACCAGUGGUGAUCUCACACAUCCCCUUGUCUACUGCCCUGAACUCCACUUCAGCGAAUUCACCUCUGCAGUUGCGGACAUGAAGAACUCUGUAGCAGACCGUGACAAUGCUCAGAGCUCCUGUGCUGGCCUCUUUAUUGUUUCUCACUUGGGAUUUGACUGGCCUGGUGUGUGGGUGCAUGUGGAUAUUGCCUCACCUGUGCACACCGCCAGCAAGAUCUUCUCCUCCCUGUCCUUGGAUGUCUGAAACACUUUGCUCCACCAGAAGCAGCCUGUGAGUAGUGGAGAGGAAGUGGAGAAAAUCCAGGGCCCUGACAGACCUGUCUCACUACCAGUCCCUCCUGGCAGAAUUCACAACCUCACUCACAUCAGCUAAGAUUAAAUUUUAUCAUUCCAAAUUUCAUAACUCCAUCUUUAACCCUUGUUAACUGUUCUCUGUUUUCUCUUUUCUCCUCACUUUAGGUUAACAUGGGGUGGCCUUGGGCUGGAGUGCCCUUGAGCAAGGCACCUAACCCCCAACUGCUCCCUGGGCACUGUAGCAUGGUUGCCCACUGCUCUGGGUAUAUGUGUGUGCUCAUUGCUCACGUGUGUGUGUGUGUGUGUGUGUGUGUUCACUGCUUCAGAUGAGUUAAAUGCAGAGAGGAAUUUCACUGUGCUUAAUUGUAUGUGUGAUCAAUAAAGUUGUUGUUCUCUUUUUCUUCUCAGCUCUCCACCAGCUACACCUCAGUCCUCCAUUACUGCAGAGGACUUUGCAGUCUCCUUUCAGGAAAAGACUGUGGCCAUCUGUAACUCCUUCACCACCCCUCGGCUGGAGAGAUACUUUCUCUCCAGGUUUAAAUGGGUCCACAUCACCCCUCUGCUGAAAUAAAUCCACCCUAGACCCCUCUGUCAUCCAGAACUACUGUCUGGUUUCUCUUCUCCCCUUCCUAUCAAAGACGCUUGAAUGUGCUGUUGCUAAUCAACUCUCCUCUUUUCUCUCUCAGAACAACCUCCUGGAUUCUCACCAGUCUGGCUUCUGAGCCAGAGACUAUGUUUCUCUCUGCAUCAGUGAGGCGCUUCCUGCAGCAUGUGCCACCUCUCUCUCCUCUGUCUUGAUUCUCCUAGACCUUUCUGCUGCAUUUGACACAGUUGAUCUUCCUGUCAUCCAUAUCAGUACUAGGGAUCUGUGGGAUGGCCCUGGGUUGGUUCACGUCCUCUCUCUUUGGUCCACUGUCAUGUGUCAAAAUACAUGUCAAAUAGGUGCCACAUGUGCACAUAUGAUCAGUCGCAGCUGUGUAGCAAUGAUAAUCACAGUAGUGCUAACAUUCAGUACAACAGCACAACCUCGAGUGUGAUAUUGUUUUUAUACAACAGUUCUCAUCUCAUUAUCUCUAGCCGCUUUAUCCUGUUC